AGAACAAAAAAAAACCCAAACAGUUCAGUGUUGAAGCGCAUCACUUCGAUAGUAGUAGCAGAAGAUUACACAAACUAGUUUCAGUAGCGACGCGUCGCCACAGAAGUGGAAAUACCAGUUCAUUUGAUUGACCGUUCCGCGAUUCGUUAACCGGUCAGUGUGGGGAAGUUUCGUGUCGUGGUUCGCGCACAGUGUAAAACUUGCCGCCGAACGACGGUGACGUUUGAUGGGUGUUUGAGAGUCGGACAGCCUUAUCAAGAAGUGGCUUUGCAAUUACGCAGUGCUAGUGCCGCCUGGAAGUCCAUCCCAAAACAAUGUCCAUCUGCAGGCUGCAAUGUGUGGUGCUAGUGUUGGUGCUAGGUUGGGGGGGCUGCAUCGCUCAAGGUCACCGGCUAGCCACCCGAAAGUGUCUAGAGUAUCAGAAUAUAGUGGUCAACAGACAGACGCUAAUACCGCUCACGAUUAAGCCGAAGCCGAUCCAGUUCGAGGUGUACAACUGUACCAACGUCGUCCAGCUGAUCGUCGGUGGGGAGCAAGCAAAGUACGGCGAGUUUCCGCAUCACGCUCUGCUGGGCUUUUCCAAGGAGAACGGAAACCAAUGGGAUUACGAUUUCCGUUGUGGUGGUACGCUCAUCAGCGAUCAGCACAUCCUGACCGCUGCUCACUGCUUCGCGUACGGUGAUCCGGUAAUUGUGCGGGUCGGUGAGUACGACACCGAGUUGGAAACAGACGACGAAUAUGACAGCGACAUUGCAAGCAUCCGUCGGCAUCCGAACUACUCGAACGUGCGCUCGUACGAUGACAUUGCACUGGUGAAGCUCAAGCACCCGAUCGUCCUAUCGAAGCACAUCCGGCCAGCCUGUCUGUGGGAGACGGAGGAGCGCAACAGUACGCGCUACAUUGCGACCGGGUUCGGGUAUAACGAAACGUACGGCACUACACUGUCCACCGUGAUGAUGAAGGUGAAUCUGGACGAGUUUCCCGUCAGCGAUUGUGAGCGCAAUUUUAAGGGUGAUCGUCGGUUCAAGCAGGGCGUUCGUGAUGGGCAGCUGUGCGUCGGUAGCAUCGUCGAGGGCCGCGAUACCUGCCAGGGUGAUUCGGGUGGACCGCUGCAGGUGGUGACCAACACAAAGUCCUGCUCAUACGGGGUGGUUGGCAUCACGUCGGUUGGGGGGGUUUGUGGCAUUGGCAAUGCGAAGGCGAUCUACACGAAGGUUUCACACUACAUAGACUGGAUAGAGGACAACGUGUGGGGUGCUAAUGCGAUGUGUCAACGGCUGACCACCCGAAAAUGUGAAGAGUACCGAAAUAUAGUGGUCAACCAAACGUCGUUGGUACCGCUCACAAUUAAUUCGAAACCGAUCCGGUUCGAGGUGUACAACUGUAGCAACGUCGUCCAGCUGAUCGUCGGCGGGGAGCAAGCAAAGUACGGCGAGUUUCCGCAUCACGCCAUACUAGGCUAUCCUAAGAAGGAUGGAGAGAAAGGUUACGAUUUUCUCUGCGGUGGUACGCUCAUCAGCAAUCAGCACAUCCUGACCGCUGCUCAUUGUUUCAAUGAAGGUGAUCCGGUAAUCGUGCGGGUCGGUGAGUACGAUACCAAGUCGGAAUCAAACGACGAAUAUGAUAGCGACAUUGCAAGCAUCCGGCGACAUCAGGACUACUUGAUCACACGCUCGUACCAUGAUAUUGCGCUGGUUAAGCUAAAGUACCCGAUCAUUCUAUCAAAACACAUCCGGCCAGCCUGUCUGUGGGAGACGGAGGAGCGCAACAGUACGCGCUACAUUGCUACCGGGUUCGGGUAUAACGAAACGUUCGGCACUACACUGUCCACCGUGAUGAUGAAGGUGAAUCUGGACGAGUUUCCGGUCAGUGAUUGUAAUCGCAGUUUUAAGGGCCAUCCAAAGUUUCGUCAGGGCGUUCGUGAUGGGCAGCUGUGCGUCGGUAGCAUCGUCGAGGGCCGCGAUACCUGCCAGGGCGAUUCGGGUGGACCGCUGCAGGUGGUUACCUACCCGAGGUCCUGCUCGUUCGCGGUGGUUGGUAUCACGUCGAUUGGAGGGGUUUGUGGCGGUCCCAAUGCGAAGGCGAUCUACACGAAGGUUUCACACUACAUAGACUGGAUAGAGGACAACGUGUGGGGUGCUAAUGCGAUGUGAG